GCAGGCUCGGCGGCCAGUAACACCGCUCGGAGGGGACGGGGCUGGCCGCGGUCGCUCCGCCAUGUUGUGUUCGUCGAGCCGUCUGACAGGGCUGCCCGGGGCUCCCGGGGAGCGCGGGAUGGAGCCGCAGGUGAACCUCCGUGUCACCUGCCGGGGGGACACGCAGAGCUUCCUGGUGUCGGACUCGGCGCACACGACGUGGGCGGAUGUGGAGGCCAUGGUUAAGGUUUCAUUUGACCUGGACAACAUUCAGAUCAAAUACAUUGAUGAGGAUAAUGAUGAGGUCUCUGUGAAUAGCAAAGAGGAAUAUGAAGAAGCUCUGAAGAUUGCAGUUAAACAAGGAAAUCGUCUCCAGAUGAAUGUGUAUGAAGAAAACUCUUCUCUGAAAGGAGCUUCUUGUUCUUCGCAACUACGUGAAAAAACUGUGGCAGAAAAGUUGACGCUUAAAGACGAGAAGAAACCCCUUUUGCACUAUUCCACACUGGCCCGGGGGUUAGAGGAAGACUUAAAAAAGGAGGAGAUGACAAUUCAGCAAAAGUUAAAUCCCACUAGAACAGGAAGAACAAGUGAAAGUCCUCCAGAGUGGUUUACUAGCUACUUGGAAACAUUCAGGGAACAAGUCGUUAAAGAAACUGUUGAGAAACUGGAGCAGAAGCUGUAUGAGAAGCUUGUUCAGCCCAAUCAGCCUCCGGAUUUUUCUGAGAGCUCAAUUACAGCAGGACCUCCCACUUCAGAGAGCCAGUCGGGGACCAGCAACCAGUGCGACUGGCUGAUCUCCUGCUGCAACUGCCAGGCCCAAAUUGUUGGAGUUCGCUACCAGUGCAGCCUUUGUCCAGCCUACAAUAUCUGUGAACAGUGUGAAGCAGGAACAUAUGCACAUGAUCCUAAUCAUGUUUUAUUGAAGCUGCGAAGACCUGUACCAUGUGUUGCUGAAAAUUACAGCCUUGCAGAGUUUUCACCUCGCCUCCCUGCUACUCUGGAGCAAGUUAGGCUCCAGAAACAGAUGGACAAAAGGUUUCUGAAGGCAGAAAAGCAAAGAUUACGAGCGGAGAAGAAACAGCGGAAGGCAGAGGUCCGAGAGCUCAAAAAGCAGCUCAAAUUGCACAGGAAGAUUCAUCUCUGGAACUCUGUCCAUGUAUUGGAAACUAGUGGCUCACCUGCCCUGAAAUCUGAGAGUCUCCAACCAAAUACCUUCCUGACUCCUCCUCAACCCUUCCAAGCAAUUGUCCCAACACUCAGCGCGGUGUUUGUGGAUGAGAAUUUGCCGGAUGGGACUCGCUUGCAACCAGGGACCAAGUUUAUCAAACACUGGCGAAUGAAAAAUACUGGCAAUGUGGAAUGGAGCUCAGACACAAAGCUGAAACUCAUGUGGGGCAAUCUGACCUUGGCGUCUUCUGAAAAGAAAGAUGUGUUAGUGCCGUCCCUUCCAGCAGGACAAGUAGGAACUGUUUCAGUGGAGUUUGUAGCUCCUAAUAUAGAAGGAACUUACACAUCCCACUGGAGACUGUCGCACCGAGGGGAGCAGUUUGGGCCCAGGAUCUGGUGCAGUAUUGUUGUGGAUCCCUCCCCAGCUCCUGACUCUUUUGAAAGCAAUUGGAAGGAUUCUGACUCCUGUCAGAAGGAUAAAGCUUCCAGCACCAAAGAGGAUGCUUCCGUAAAGACAGAAGCAGGUGCUCAGUUGAUGGGUGAAAUAAUGGAACAGGCUGAAAUACCUCUGCCAACUAUUCCUUUAAAGAUCAAAAAUCUGCCAAGCGAGAGAGAAUUUUAUAUCCCGUCUGUCGAUCUCCUCACAGCACAGGAUUUGCUGUCCUUUGAGCUGCUGGACAUCAAUAUUGUGCAGGAAUUGGAGCGGGUGCCACACAAUACUCCUGUUGACAUGACUCCAUGCAUGUCCCCUCUGCCACACGAUGGCCCCUGGCUGGAGAAGCCUGGCUUAGGUCAGAUACAGGAGGAGAGUGAGGGGAGUGGAUUUAAACCCGUCUCUGGAGUGACGGAAACCUGCUUUCCUGCAGAUCCUUCCGCGGUCAAAGGGAAAGCUGAACAUCUGUUAACCCAGGAGGAAGGCGAAGAAGACAUGAGUGGGACUCAGUUUGUCUGUGAAACCGUCAUUCGCUCUCUAACCCUGGAUGCUGCACCCGACCAUAAGCCCCCCCAAAAAAAGAAAAUCCUCCAGAACUCUCUGCAAACACUGCAGGACACCUUCAGUUGCAACAUGCUGAAUGAAGCAUCUCCUCGGAUCAAAACUGAUUCCGCUUCUAAAAAGGAAGCAGAGGUUCAUCAGUCAGAGGCAAUGCCGGAAGAUGACUGUGGGAACCUUCCCCUGUCUGGUGGGAGAGCAAACCCCUCUGGCGAUACUGGCAAUUCUGACGAAGAGGAAGAUGACGAUAAAGAUGAUGUUCAAAGUCAAGGCUCUUCUGCUUCCUCAGAGGAUUAUAUCAUUAUUCUCCCCGAGUGCUUCGACACCAGUCGCCCUUUGGGGGAGUCUUUGUAUAGUUCGGCCCUUUCUCAGCCCAGUUUGGAAAAGACAGGAGAACCUGAAACAGGAGCAGAGGAUCCAGAAGGAGGGAGCCAGCCGCAGGUCUGCAGUGUCAGUGAGAUUCUGACGACUUCCCAAACGCUGGCUGUGGUGCCCCUGACCCCGGAGGUUGUGGACACCUCACCCCAGACACAAAGGAAUCUUGCAUCUCUUCAGAAUGAUCUCUUCCAAGAACCAGACAUGCCGCUGUCGGAGAACAUCUCUUCCAUUCCUCAGAAUCAAAUAAGAGAAGAACCCAGUGGUGAAGACGGUCAUGGGCCAGGAGCUUCUGGAUUCACGGCUAGUAAACAGAACGGCCCAGAAUACCCGAGGUACCCCCAAGGAAGCAGCAUCGCAGGAGAAAUAGUUAAAGGAGCUUUGUCUGUUGCUGCUUCUGCCUACAAAGCAUUAUUUGCUGGACCACCCAUUCUAGAACAGCAGCCCGCGGCUCCCGAGGAGCACACUGCGGCCCUGCUGUCCAGCCUGUGCGAGAUGGGCUUCUGCGACAGGCACCUGAACCUGCGGCUGCUCAAGAAACACAACAAUAACAUGGUGCAAGUGGUAACCGAGUUGCUUCAGAUCAGUAACGGCGACCAGUACAGCCGAUACUGAACCUUCCUGGCGGAGGAGGAAUCCUCUGCGCGGAGUAAACUCUCAUUAAACACUACAACAGUAGCAGGCUGCUCCUCGGCUGCUUUCUGUUCGGAGGUGUGACUAAAACUUUGGCUUUUCUUUGAGCUUUUGACUUGUUUUCUUCUCAUGGAAAUGUCACACAGUGCUCGUCACAGCAUCUGAUGAACUGGAGACCAGAAUUGCAGCUGUUAUUUGGACCUCAUAGUUAAACGAGUAGCCUUGAGGUCUCUGACUUCAUACUGAGUCCUUUUAUCAGGGAACCCUGUAGAGAUGCUUCAAACUUCCACCAGGAUGGGAACUUUUCCUUCUAUUGUGUGUUCGUUUUCUUUCUCUUUUUUAGGCAGCUGGAAACCUGUUUUGUUGACUUCUAACAAGCUUUGGAAUAGGAACCAAUGUAAAAUGCUGCUGUAAAACGUAGUCUUGCCUAAUUUACAAGAAAUGCCCACAACUCACAACUGUUCUUCCGACAGGACUUAGUAGUUGGUUUGUCCAGUGCAUGGUGGUCGCAUAACAAAUUGAAACCUUACAAAUGAUUCUUAGAAGAACAAAGUUGCUCAGACACAAAAGCCAUUGUGAACCACCAAACAGUUUUGGAAAAGUCUGGAGUGAAACUGCUGUUCAGCUGAUGAAUAGCAGGAAAGUUGUGGUUUCUUGAAGCAGAAUGAAGCCAGGAAGUGAGUUUACCAGCAGCAGUUGAACCAUUUCUAGUAAUAUCAGUGCAAAACAUCUUUAACAGGAAGAUAUAGCCUACAUAAAAUAUGUUGUUAAUGGAGCGUAAGGGUAGGAGAAGCCUUUCUAAGACUCUUUACAGACUCUUUGUGAAAAUGUUACGUUUGACUGUUGUUUUUUCAGUGUAGUGCAAACCCCUUGUUCUGGUGAUAGCACAGAGAAUUGAAGCGUGUGUACAAACACACCUGAACUGGAGUAAAAUUCUGGUACCGUUCAUGAACAGGAAGAGUGGUUGAGGUAGAGCUUGUGUGAGUUCACAGGUGGAGAAAUGCAUUGACUUAAGCAGCUUUAAGCGUAGAAUCUCCUGUGAUGCUUCUGGCUGCUGUUUCCAUCGACACAUCCGCAGGAUUCAUUUGUCUCACAAAAUUCCAUAUUGAAUUUGGGAAUCUAAGAAUUCCCUUCUAAAACGCGCCAAGAGAGAUCUGAUUCUGAAGAGUCACACGGAAUGCUGCUGUGCAGUGGUGAAUCCAUUGGUCCCUCAGGUGACAGCAGCCUUGGCCACUUUCUUACCUUCGAGCAAACUUUCUUCCUUGCUGCAGCAAAAGACCAUUGAUCUAAAGUAUUUUAUUACUGCUGCUUCAAACCAGGUGUUCCUGUUCCGUCGCCGCGUAGCUGAGCAGCAGCAGGAUUGUGACUGAGCAGGUGACCAGGAGUAGUAAUUUUUUAAAGAACUACAUAAAUACCCUUAGAGAUAAGAUACCAUUAAAAUAAGAGGAAAAAAAAAAUGUAUCAUAGCAGUUUUGUUCUAAACCUAUUUUUAUAGAUUGUGGAAGAUAUACUCUUAAAUGUUUAUUUUGAAAUACAGUAGAGCUAUUUUGCGGUGUUUCCCAUCUCUGUGCACCAGUACAGCUGUGCUGUGGACCAGCUCAAGAUCUUUCUGUAACUUGGAUCUGCUUGGUUUCUUUUUUCUCACUGUUUGGAGAACCUUUGGGCUCCUGCCUGCUGUAGAAGGAGGAAAGCACGUGGGUGACGUGCUGGUAUCUGCUUUGCCCUGGAACGCCCAGCAGGACACACGUUCUUUCUGUUUCUACUUAGUAUGUUGAUGUGUUCUAUCAAUUAACAAAACACUAAACCAUUGGGGGUUGAACACUUCAUCGCAGAUUGAGAUGUGAAGUGUGCGAUGCAUUUUCUUUUUUCUAUAGGUUACUUUUUACUAGGGUUUAGAUAACGUAUGCUCAGGCUUCCGGUCUGUUUCCGUUGGCUUUGUAUAUUUUGUUAAUGGCCGCAUGGUAUAAUUUAUAAUAUAUUAGAGCACAGCUGUGACUCUGUAUCUGAUUUAGGGCGAGCACUUUAACGGCACCUGGUAUAAGGAGGCACCUUUUGCUCCCUCGUCACAAUAAAGCUCUUGAUCCCCUG